AUGCCGCCCAAAUUUACUUCUCCCAACUCCAACUCGAACUUUACCACCAUCCUCAUCUCUCUAUCGACACUAUCAAUCUACCUUAUCACCUAUCCCCUGCAUGCGACACCCUAUCGGAUUGCUCCUCCUAUAUUCCUAAUCGUCUCUCUGGGCUUGAUUGUAGCAGCAUACAACCUUACUCUACUCACCGCACUGAUCUCAAUUGGCAGUGUGGUAUUCGUUAAUCUGCUUCUGGCUAUUGAUUAUAUCCAUGGUGAAUGCGGCUACGAUGUAAUGAUAGGUGGUGAAUCAGGGCAUAAAGCGAGGCUAGGUCAGAUCGGUUGGUACAGGGGUUGUGUUCAGCCUACUCAAGCUUGGUGGAUUAUGGUAAUUAUAGGAUCAAUCUGGCUAGUCAUUGCAGCGACCGAACUAUUGAAGACGCGUCAUACUUCCAUGAACGGUCAGUAUCUUCGAUUGUCCACCGACGCAGAAGAAGAAUCGCAGAGUACCUAG